UCGGGGGCGGUGGCGGCGAUGGGGGCUCUCCCGGCGUUGCUGGGGGCCGCCUUGCUGUGGGCCGGCGCCGGGGCUCUCGUCAACCUCAAGUACUCGGUGGAGGAGGAGCAGCGGGCCGGCACGGUGAUCGCCAACGUCGCCAAGGACGCCCGGGACGCCGGUUUCGUGCUGGACCCCCGGCAGCCCGCUGCCUUCCGGGUGGUCUCCAACUCGGCCCCCCACUUGGUGGACAUCAGCCCCGGGUCGGGGCUGCUGGUGACCAAGCAGAAGAUCGACCGGGACCUGCUGUGCCGGCAGAGCCCCAAGUGCAUCAUCUCACUGGAGGUGAUGUCCAGCUCCAUGGAGAUCUGCGUGAUCAAGCUGGAGAUCAAGGACCUCAACGACAACGCGCCCAGCUUCCCCACUGACCAGAUCGAGCUGGAAAUCUCGGAGACGGCCAGUCCCGGCACCCGGGUGCCACUGGAGAGUGCCUACGACCCGGACUCGGGCAGUUUUGGUGUGCAGAGCUAUGAGAUCACCCCCAAUGACCUCUUCGGGCUGGAGACCAAGACGCGGGGCGAUGGGUCCCGCUUUGCCGAGCUGGUGGUGGAGAAGAGCCUGGACCGCGAGACCCAGUCCCACUACAGCUACGUGAUCACGGCACUGGAUGGUGGUGACCCGCCCAACUUCGGCACGGUGGAGCUGAGCAUCCGCGUCAUCGACUCCAAUGACAACAACCCACUCUUUGAGGAGCCGGCCUACACCGUCAGCGUGCCUGAAAAUGCUCCGCCAGGUACACCGGUCAUCCGCCUCAACGCCUCUGACCCGGACGAGGGCACCAAUGGCCAGGUCCUCUAUUCCUUCCACAGCUACGUCUCCGAGCGGGCCCGGGAGCUCUUCCAGAUUGACCCCCAGAGCGGCCUCAUCACAGUGAGCGGUGCCAUCGACUACGAGGAGGGUCACGUCUAUGAGCUGGACGUGCAGGCCAAGGACUUGGGGCCUAACUCCAUCCCUGCCCAUUGCAAAGUGACUAUCAGCGUCCAGGAUGCCAACGACAACCCGCCCCUCAUCAACCUGCUCUCUGUCAACAGUGAGCUGGUGGAGGUGAGCGAGAACGCCCCGCCAGGGUACGUCAUCGCCCUUGUGCGGGUCUCGGAUCGUGACUCUGGGGCUAACGGGCGGGUGCAGUGCAAGCUCCUGGGCAAUGUGCCUUUUCGGCUCCAGGAGUAUGAGAGCUUCUCCACCAUCCUGGUGGACGGGCGGCUGGACCGGGAACAGAGGGACCAGUACAACCUCACCAUCCAGGCCAAGGACAAUGGCGUCCCCUCCCUGCAGGCCACCAAGUCCUUCACUGUCAAGAUCACGGAUGAGAAUGACAACCAUCCCCACUUCUCCAAGCCCUAUUACCAGGUCAUUGUGCAGGAGAACAACACCCCGGGGGCCUACCUCCUCUCAGUCUCAGCCAGGGACCCUGACCUGGGCCUCAAUGGCAGUGUCUCCUACCAGAUUGUGCCCUCCCAAGUUAGGGACAUGCCUGUCUUCACCUAUGUCUCCAUCAACCCCAACUCCGGAGAUAUCUAUGCUCUGAGGUCCUUCAAUCAUGAACAGACGAAGGCCUUUGAGUUCAAGGUCUUGGCAAAAGACGGGGGUAAUCCCUCUCUGCAGAGCAAUGCCACCGUCAGGGUGAUUGUCCUGGAUGUCAAUGACAACACCCCUGUGAUCACGGCCCCGCCGCUGGUCAACGGGACCGCGGAGGUGUACAUCCCCAGGAACGCGGGGGUCGGCUACUUGGUGACAGUGGUCAAGGCAGACGACUACGAUGAGGGUGAAAAUGGCAGACUUUCCUACGAAAUGGUGGAAGGAGACAGAGGAUUUUUUGAGAUAGACCAGGUCAAUGGAGAGAUAAGGACCACCAGAGCCUUUGGGGAGAAUGCAAAGACAGCCUACGAGCUGAUCGUGGUGGCUCACGACCAUGGGAAAACAUCUCUCUCGGCUUCUGCCUUGAUUUUGAUAUACCUGUCUCCAGCCCUGGAUGCCCAGGAGUCCAUAGGAUCUGUUAACCUCUCCCUGAUUUUCAUUAUUGCUCUGGGGUCUAUCGCAGCCAUUCUUUUUGUCACCAUGAUCUUCGUGGCAGUCAAGUGCAAAAGGGAUAACAAGGAAAUCAGGACCUACAACUGCAGAAUUGCAGAAUACUCCUACGGGCAUCAAAAGAAAUCAAGCAAGAAGAAGAAAAUCAGCAAGAAUGAUAUCCGCCUGGUACCGCGGGAUGUGGAAGAAACGGAUAAAAUGAACGUUGUGAGCUGCUCCUCUCUCACUUCAUCCCUCAACUACUUCGACUACCACCAGCAGACCCUGCCGCUGGGCUGCCGCCGCUCCGAGAGCACCUUCCUCAACGUGGAGAGCCAGAACAACAGGAACACCGGCUCCAACCACAUUUACCAUCACACCUUCACGGGGCAGAGCCCCCAGCAGCCCGACCUCAUCAUCAACGGGAUGCCGCUGCCAGAGACUGAAAACUACUCCUUUGAUUCCAACUACGUGAACAGCAGAGCUCAUUUAAUAAAAAGCAGCUCCACGUUCAAGGACUUGGAGGGGAACAGUCUAAAGGACAGCGGCCACGAGGAGAGCGACCAGACGGACAGCGAGCACGACGUGCAGCGGGGCCUCUACUGCGACACGGCCGUCAAUGACGUGCUGAACACCAGCGUCCCCUCCAUGGGGUCCCAAGGCCCUGAGCAAGAUCAGAGCGAAGGAUUUCAUUGCAGGGAGGAGUGCCGCAUCCUGGGCCACUCGGACAGGUGCUGGAUGCCCCGCGGCGCCGUCCCCAGCCGCGCCAAGUCCCCCGAGCACGGGAGGAAUGUCAUCGCCCUCUCCAUCGAGGCGACAGCGGUGGACACGGAGCCUUACGCAGACUGCAGCACAAAAAGGACCUUCGCCACCUUCGGCAAGGAGGGCGGCGAGCCCCUCGCCGACGAGCGGCUCGCCAACCCCAAAGGCAAAAGAACGGUGGACCCGGCCGCCUGCAGCCCCAAGGUGAGCGGCGCCGUCCGCGAGGCGGGCAACGGCUGCGAGGCCGUCAGCCCCGUCACCUCGCCCCUCCACCUGAAGAGCCCUUUGUCCGGCAAGCCGGCGGCACCGUACGGUGCCGGGCACUGCGCCGGCAACCGGGAACGGGAGCCCUUUGGGAACAGUGGCCUUUCCCGGCCGACGGAGGCAGAGCCCCGGGGGGCGGACAGCGAGAGCGGCGGGCAGGAGGGCAACCCGCUCCUGCAGGAACGCCGGGAAAAGGACUCGCCCGGCGCCCGGAGACUAAAAGACAUCGUCCUCUGAGCAGCACCUGGCGAGAGGAGGAGGAGGAGGAGGAUGAGGGACCGCACGACUCCCAGCGCAGAUUGUUUUUAUCGCUUACCAAUGGUUCACAGAUUGCUGUAUUUAAAAGCUUUCCCUAAAUGUAUUGUUUAUAAAUGAAGCUAUUGUUAAUGUGACAAUCCCACUUGUCUCAACAGGCAGCAGGGGUGUGCAGCCGGAGCGAAGUAGCGGGUGUUUUGCUUUUGCCAGGAGGCGGUGGGUGGCGGGGGGCAGAGGCGAGACCCCCCUGGUCCUCAGGAGCGCUCGGUAUCCCCUCCUCGGAGUUUAUAUAUUUUUAUAGCUCAAAAUGAAGAUAAAUUUCCAUUCCUGGAGAGAAUCGAACGGCAAAUUCCUUAUUCGGACAUCUUCAGUAAUCACCCCGGUGAUUUUGUAGUCUAGACAAAAUAGCGGCCAUUUCUUGUGUGCGACUGUUCAAAACGACAGUCGGGUGAGUUUUAGUAUUCGCCCAAUGCAAGGUUGGUUGUACUUGAAGAUGUUGCUGUUUUGCUAUGGAUACCCCUGCAUUUAUGAAUCCUUUUGCUGUCACAUGCUUAUCUGUACCAUUAUUGUAUUUGAUAUUGCAAAUUACUGUAUGUCUAGUGAUGGCAAAAGGCUUUCAAGAUUUUAAAAAAAAAAAAAAAAAAUCACAAUCAUCUUACUUAAACUUUGGGGAACCUGCAGUUUUCAGACCCGGUGGAGCAAGCGCUUCUUCCAGCCCCCACCAUCGCCUGCAGCCUCCCCUGGCUCUUGCAGGGCAGUGACAGGGCAUUACAGGAAGACAUUUUGGGGAAAAUUCUGCCUGGAUUGCAAUUGUCAGAUGCACUGUGCCGAACUUUUUCCCUUAUUCUUUUCUUUUGCAUAAUUUCAAGGCAAUGCAUGGAAAGUUUUUCCAGAAGUUGGUUGGUUGUUUUUUUUUUCCAGUUCCCAGAUUUAGAUAUCCCCCAUCUCUAGUCAUUUCCAAGUCAAAGUGAUGGAGUUAUUUAAGAGAUCUAAAUUACCUUCUCAAUUAGACACACACUUCCAAGUCAGCAUUUCCCAACCAUGAUUAUGCCAAGUAUGUGUGUGCUUGUAUGUCAUCAUGGCAUGGAUUUUAGACUGUUCUGAUUUCUCUCUAUCCCUGCAUCAUAAGUAAGUAUGGAAUGAGCAAUAGUGAUGUUAAUUUAGGGGCAGACAGGUGAUAUGUAACAACGCUACUAAUUCAAUUAAUGUGCCUUCUUAAUGGAGAAAAAAAGAAAGAAAUUCAUUAUUUUUUCUCAUAAUUAAGGACUUUUUUGUGUGGGUACAAAUUUACUCAUAUAAAAUUGAUUUUAAAAUUGAGCUACUUUAAUAGCCAUUUUGUAGAAGGGAGAGAGGGAAGGGGUUUCACAGCUCUCUGCUCUCUUGCAGUGAUAAUUCCUCAGUGAGGUAUGAGUAAGGUAGGAGGAUUUCAGUUAGCAUAGUAGUAGUAUUAUUAUUAUUAACCCUUCACCAGAUUUUUCCUACCCUAAAUAAUGUUUCCUAGAAUUUAAAAUUGAUUAUGGAAGGGAAAAUAUAUAGCUCUUGCCAAUGUUUGCUGUACCAGCAAGUUGAAAUUAGUGGUUUCUAGAGAAAUAGUCUUUCUAGGUCUACAUAUCAUGAUAAAAUAUUUGUUACUUUGAUUUAUUUAAAUUAAAAAUGUCAACAAGAAAACAAGCUCCAGUCAUUAUUAUCCUCAAAAUAAAAUUAAGCUCCAGCCAGGCUUCGGGGCAAAUUGAUCCUGCCCAAAGCUGUAGCCGGUCCAAGACAGGUCCACAGUCAGUCUGUUCCCCCUGUCACUUGCUAGGGCCAGGAAUUGGGAAAGAACUGACAAAAAACGGUUGUCUAAUGAAAUUUGUGACACUUCCCUUGCUGGUGUUGAUGACUACCUCAUUCAGCUCCCAUCCCAUGCGUUAACGUGCUGUCCUGCAUCCCUCUGGAAAGCGACCUGGGGAUUUUCCCCUCUGUUCUGGAGUUUGAGCCCGUUUUUCAGGGAUAUGUUAUUUCUGUUCCUGCAGUGUUUCCUGCCUGUGUACUGUUACUGCUGUCAUUUAUUUCUGUUUUUGUUUUGUUUUUUUUUUUUCCCAAAUGCGUGUUUUAUUAUAACACAAGCAAAGAAGAAAGGGGCUGGCUUGGGGCUGCUGGAGUAACUGGAUUUUCUGUAACUGUUAGGCUGGUUUCUUUCUGACGUUACCUGUUUUUGUCAGCUCUGGGUGUUUUUUUGUGGGGGAAGCUUCUCAUAUGUGUUUGCUGAGUGACAAGAGCCUGCGAUGCGCCGUCUGUCAGAUCCUCUUGGCUUUACAGGGACACAGCCCUACGUCACCCCAUUGUCCAACCCCCACCUCCAGCAGGAUGGGAUACGGCUCCCCCAAUUGCCCACCGCAGGGAUGGGGAGCACGGGUUCCCCCGGUCCCUGGGUGACCCAUCAUCAUCCCCAGCUGCCCGAAAAGCGCCAGCCGUUAAUUUCUGCUGAGCGUUGCCCUCUGCCUGAGGAGCUGCCACCACCAGCCCAGCGUUUUGGAUGAAAAAUAGAUGCUAACUGAAAAGGAAGAAAGAAAAAAAAAAAAGAAACAUUUCUCUAAUUUACCCAGAGGAAACAUUCCUUGCCACUCUGAAUAAAAGCACAGCCGAGGAGGAAUGUGAAAUAAUUCUGUAUUAAAAGGGGGCAUUAAAGAGGUCACUAAACCCUUAUGCCUCCAAGAAAAUCGUUUAAACACCAGUUUUCUGGGCUGACCCGGGCUGCAGCCAGGGAUGCUGAGUGAGGGGCCCUUCCCUGGCACGUCCUCGCUCUGCGGGGCCGAGGGGAGAGCCAGAGAGUGGCCCUGGCUCCGCCGCCUCAUCCCUCUCCUGAAUAUUUCGCUACUCCUGUCACUGUCCCUCUGUGUCACUUGAGAUGAGUUCAGGGCUCCUGGGCAAAUCGCAGUCUCUCUUGGUUUUUGUCCUAUUGCAUUGAAACUGGCCAUGCAAAAACGUUCAAGGCUGCAGGGAGAGCGGGUGGGUGUUGGGGGGGUUCCAGAUGUAAUUGUUGUGCUUUUUAAUAACUUAAACCUGUCCUCAGAUUUGGUUUAGGAAAAAUAGCUGGGUUCUGUUCAUUUCCUUCAGGCAAACUUGCUCUGCUCCCGUUUAUCCCGUUUAUCCAGGAGAGCAGCAACCACCUAUGAUUCUCCUACAAGCAUGAGGAGGACCCCACCUGGAAAAGUCCCGAGUCUGAGGGGUAGGGGGUGAACCCACCUUGUGCUGGCCCAGGGACCCUUCCCUGUGCCCUGGGGAGCCCCUGGUCUUUCCCACCCUUGAGGCUGCAGGGCUGCACCGGGAGGGAUGACAGAGGGCUGGGGGGGACGACUGACAGCUGGAGAAAUACCCCCCGAGCACUGUCCUGCUGAGGUUGUUGCCGUUCCCUGUUCGUUGUGAAGCUGGAGGUGGCCUGUGGAUCACACGUUGUGCAGAAGUGAAUUCCUUUUUUUUUUUUUUUUUCCAAAUAGGAAACAAGUUGCUUUUGUAAAGAACACACUGUCUGAUGAAUAUGUUGAAACUAUUCUUGGGGGGGGGGGAAAAUCUAAUUAUGAAUGGAAACACAUUUGUCUGUCAUUGGGGAAAAUUGAUGAUCUUGUUGCUACAGCUGCUUUCGCAGCUAUGGGUAAUCUCUGAUCCAACCUGUGAGUUGCGGUCCCCGUCGGGGAGGAGCCCAGCCAACCCCACUGCGAGCACUGCUGAGACGGAUCCUUUAUCGGCAUCAGCUGAUGUUCAGCUGACCUAAGCUGGGAUAUAAUCUUCAAACACACCUAACGCAAACUGGUUUUCAGCAGCACGCGCCUCCUCGUAGCCUUGCAGGGCAGCAGGUACGAGCCGUGGGCCUCGCACCGGAACACCGGCACCUUCCCGUUGCGGGCAGAGCUGGUGGCGUUACCGUUGCUGCUCAGCGGCAGCGGGCAGGGCUGCCACGGGACUGAGCGCGGGAUGGCUCGUCACGGUGUCUCCGUUGCCGAGUAUAUGAAGAAUAAAUUGUUGUAUAUGCUGAUAUGUAUGUUAUGUACAUUUUCACAGUGAUUGAAUCAUUGUAAACAACAAAACAGAAAAAGGAAAAAAAAAAAAAGAAUCACCAUUUUGUCUAUUUUA